UAACUUGUGCUGACAGGCUAGAUACGUACCGCUCAUACCCAUUGAGAGGCCUAUCUGCGGUAAACCGCGGACUUCAACAACACAUCACCAAGCAUAUCUUCCCCGUCUCUCGAUAUACAACGACGCCGGUUUUCUCUCUGAUUCUCGGGAAUGAUAAUGGAUUUUCUUGGUAUCGCAGUUCACUUCCGGUUAUGACAGGCAGUAGUCACAUAUCGGCUCCCCGCUAUAACUGAAGUGGUGUAACUGGAAGCCCGUGUCCCUCAACUCAAACCCAAUCAGAACAUGCUCGCGAACUUGACUGUGCUCAUUCGACAUUAUUAUAUUGUCGAAUUUCAUCUCUUGUUUCUCUCUUGUCUUUUCUUUUGGCUAGUUAAGCACGUAUCGGCAUGUCAUUCUAUGCAUCGUUCCUGCUGGCAGAGGCAUCGAGUCUCGCGGUUUCGCAGGAUUCCUUCGGGGAUCUUAGGGCCCGGCCAGCAGAACGACAGCCCUUUUGCGCCAAGCUUUGGAGAUCCCAUUGGUACAUCAGCUAUAUGCCAAAUAGGCGGUAAAAUAUACAUCACUGGCAAUUUUCCUGCCAACGAGUAUGUUGUACGAGUCCUUGAUGACUCAGGCUUGCAACAAUUAUCUUGUAAGAGACUAAUAUGGUCGACAUUGUCACUUCUUCGGGAGGCAUCAUGUUCCUUUUUCCUUGUCCCACACCAAGUGCUCGGGAUCAUAUCUCGAAUUUGGGGCUGCAAGCCGAGUGGCUUCCGCCUCACCCCCCACCCCCAAGGGAAAAAAGAAAUGAUUACUUCUUCAGAAAUUCCGGUGACCUAUGUCGCCUUUUCAUCCUCCCUGCAUCGGGGGUUUGUCCUUCCGUUACACACCCGAUGAUUGAUGUAUUGCCCAUAAGCUCUACCUAGGAGGUGGUGCAGAGUAGAGAAGUCUCCGAAAGCAGGCAAUCACAGCUUUCGGGUAGCUAUGGAAGAUAACCGGACUUAUGCGGCCCUCUCAGAAUAUGGCAUCGUCUUUUGGAACAAUCAUUUUGCCUAGGACGUCAUGACAUCGGAAACAAGUUCAAGAGAAGGCCCGUUGAGCUCUGGAGUAUUCGGGUUUGGAAUUCAUUCAUGCCUUUUAACCCAAGUAACUACGUACAAGGAACUCAUGGAAAGGAACAAUUCUCAGACAUGUUGUCCACGUGACUAAGGGGCACGAAGCCGUGCUGUAGACGGAGCUCUAUCGUUCGGGGUCAGGCCAAAGUAUUUGCUAUUGUGCAACUAGGCAUUGGUGCACAAGUAAAUACGGCGGCUUCUUGGG